AUGAGUGAAUAUCGUAGUCGUUCAUCACCAAAUAAUAUAAUAACAAGUAAAACAACUGAUAAUAUAAGUCCAGAAGAAUUAGAAGAAUUACGAGAAGCUUUUCGUGUAUUUGAUCAAGAUGGAGAUGGAAGUAUAACUCUUGCAGAAUUACGUAUUGUUCUUGAUCAAAUGGGUUUAGAUCCAAGUGAAGAAGAAUUACAAGAUAUGAUUCGUGAAGUUGAUGAAGAUCAAAGUGGUAGUAUUUCAUUUGUAGAAUUUGUUGGUAUGGUUAAAAAAACAGUAGAUACAAAUAAAAAUUCACGUGAAGAAUUAUUUCGAGCAUUUCAAGUAUUUGAUCUCGAUCAAAAUGGAUUUAUUACAAUGGAAGAACUUCGUACAGUUCUUCAGGCAACUGGUGAUCGUCCAACCGAUGAAGAUGCUCUUGAAAUGAUUGCUGAAGCUGAUAUUGAUGGUGAUGGACGAAUCAAUUAUGAUGAAUUUGUUUGCAUAAUGAAUAAUAGUCUAUCAUCGAAAAAAUAA